CGAGCCUUGAUUGGUCAAGGUGCGCGUGGUCAGGGAUCAUGGUUCAGGCUGUGAGCUGCUGAGAACCCAAGUUGCUGGUCAGCUCCGCUGCAGGGCGUGGAAGAUGCGGAAGGUGGUUCUGAUCACCGGGGCGAGCAGUGGCAUUGGGCUAGCCCUUUGUGGCCGGCUGCUGGCGGAAGACGAUGACCUUCACCUGUGCUUGGCGUGUAGGAACCUGAGCAAAGCCAGAGCCGUUCGAGAUACCCUGCUGGCCUCUUAUCCCUCCGCCGAAGUCAGCAUUGUGCAGAUGGAUGUCAGCAGUCUGCAGUCGGUGGUCCGGGGUGCAGCGGAAGUCAAGCAAAAGUUUCAAAGAUUAGACUACUUAUUCUUGAAUGCUGGGAUCAUGCCCAAUCCCCAGCUAAACCUCAAAGCAUUUUUCUGUGGCAUCUUUUCCAGAAAUGUGGUUCAUAUGUUCUCCACAGCGGAAGGACUUUUGACCCAGAAUGACAAGGUCACUGCGGACGGCUUCCAGGAGGUGUUUGAAACCAAUCUCUUCGGCCACUUUAUCCUGAUUCGGGAACUGGAACCGCUUCUCUGCCACGGAGACAACCCCUCUCAGCUCAUCUGGACGUCCUCUCGCAAUGCAAAGAAGUCUAAUUUCAGUCUUGAGGACAUCCAGCACACCAAAGGCCAGGAGCCCUACAGCUCUUCCAAAUACGCUACCGACCUCCUGAAUGUGGCUCUGAACAGGAAUUUCAACCAGAAGGGUCUGUAUUCCAGUGUGAUGUGCCCAGGUGUCGUGCUGACCAAUCUGACGUACGGAAUUCUGCCUCCCUUUAUCUGGACGUUGCUUCUACCAGUGAUAUGGCUCCUUCGCUUUUUUGCGCACGCGUUCACUAUGACACCGUACAACGGAGCAGAGGCGCUGGUGUGGCUUUUCCACCAAAAACCGGAGUCUCUUAAUCCUCUGACCAAAUACCUGAGCGGCACCACAGGAUUCGGGACUAAUUAUGUCAAGGGCCAAAAGAUGGACAUAGAUGAAGACACAGCUGAAAAAUUCUACGCGACCUUACUGGAGCUGGAAAAGCGCGUCAGGGUCACCCUUCAGAAGUCGGGUCACCUGAGCUGAUGGCCACGUUCUCCAGUGCAUCCCGUCUGCGUUUCUGUACUCUCUGGCGUACGUGACUUUCCGUCAUGCAGAGAGAUACACGUUUGUAGUAAACCCUAAGCCAUGAUGAUCUCUCCCCCUACCAUUCAGAAUGAUCUCCAAGACUGUGUGCGCACACGUGUGCAGGCGUGCACACACAUGUGAGAAAGGAGUGGCAAAGUAGAGGGACCACCUAAAUACCCUGCAGAGCAGUGUCCUCGGAUAGCUUUGUCACCUGGAGCCCAGUAGUUUUGACUUGCCGGAUGGGGACACUGUACAGCCUGAACUUUCUUUUAGUCCCAGCAGGGAGGGGCAGUGCCACUGGGUAGGACUUCUGCUUCUUUUUCUUUUCUCCAGGACCUUUUUUUACUCUCUUUACAUUCUUCAUAUGCUGCUUCGGAUAAUCUUAUCCAUUGUCCGUCCAUGUGGCCCCAUGUGACCGUCCACCCAGUCAUUUUCAAGAGCAAAGUAUGAAUGUGUUUGGGCCACAAGCAUUAUUUCUGGUCUUUAAUAGCAUCUAUGGAUGUAUUCAUUAUGAACAGCUUAUUGCCAUGAUCAUAUUUCACUGGAAUUAAACUUACAGCAAGAGAUUAUUUAUUCAUGUUUCAACAAAAUUUUUAAAAACCCUGAAAAACUGCUAGGACACCAUCCGGUGCACAGUGGAAGCAGAAGAAGAGUUCAUUUUCAUGUGUCAGAUGAUGAGGUUUUCAAACCUUUUCCUCAUGAAUCUUAAAGAGCCACACCUGAGCAUCCUUCGUUAUGAUUCAGAAUGCUGGAGAUGGCUAGACAUUUUUAUCAUAAAGGUAUACUAUCACUCAGGAUGUAAUAAGUCGGUAAAAUUCUGAACAAAAGUGAGAGAAAAGUGAUGCAUAAAUAUAAUCUCCCUACAGCCUGUGAUAGGAGAGCAUUCUGGUUCGAGUUUCUCUAAUUCUAUUGGCCAAAAAAAUUGUUUUAAAGAUACAGGUGAGAAUGAGUCCGCAUCCACGGGCUCCUCCUCCUCCUGUCUCUGGGUAACAAGGGUGGUUCUUGAUUCUUCAUCCUGAGUGAGCUCCCAUUUGGAAAAGGUUCCUUCUCCAGGGGAACUCAUCAUCUGCAAGGCAAAGCGGUCAUGACUGCUCUGUUCGUCACAGGCUUGCCUGAGGAUCCAUGCUCUGUGUGGGCCGUGGGCUUGCCUCAGUUUGGUAGACAAUGGUGAGGUUCCUUGGUAAACCAGCAUGCCGAGGUCCAGACACUGCUGGCCACCACCCUUCUGACGGGUGGCCCAUUCUGUCCCCCAUGUGUUUCCAGGAGACAGCACAGAGCUCUGCAGUGGUAUGGGGAGGAUUGGGGCCCCGCGGCUGGGGAGUCAUAUUAAUUUGCCUUGAGAGUGGAUUGACAGAAAGCUUGGGAUUUUCUUAUUUGUGAGUUUGGAGAAAACAUGUCCUUUUCUGGGCUUGACAACUUAUAAACAUCAAGUUAUUCAUAGAACAUCUUUAUUUAUUUAUUUUUUGCUGGCUACAUUGGAUUUUCCUCUGUUUUAUUUCUGAUACUGGUAUCUUCCCAUUGUCAGCGAGGCAGGAGUUUUCCCAUUUUGCUGGUGUUUGCAGAGAACCAUGUUUCUUUCUCAUUGGCUUUUUUUUUCCCUUCCUGGUUACUUCUCCAUAUUAUCCAUACAGAUAAUUAGAUCUGCUUGUUUUAAUUAUCUUAUUUUUUUAUUCUAUUUUUAUUUUAUUUUAUUUUUAUUUAUUUAUUUUUUGGGGGGGUUAAAGUAAACCUUUUCUAGUUCCUUGAGUUAAAACUUAGGUUCCUUAUUUGGCAAUUUUUCUUCAUUGCUGCUGUAAGCAUUUAAUUAUGUAGAUGCUCUUCCCAUCCCAACAUUUGCUGACAUAUUGUCCCGCAUUAUUUUAUUAAUUUCUGUUGAGGUUUCCUUUUAUGAAUUAUUAAGUGAUGUUUAAUGUUCAUAUUUUUAGAGGUUUAAAAAAUUGAUACUGGCUGGGAAGAUGGCACAGUGGUUGAGAGCACUGGCUGCUCUUUCAGAGGACCCAGGUUCGAUUCCCAGAACCAGGUUAUGGCUCACAAACAUCUCUAACUCCAGUUCUAGGGGAUCUGAUGCCCUCAUCUGGCCUCUGUGGGUACCACAUGUGCCUGAUGCACAGGGAUCUGUGCAGACAACACACCAUACACAUAAGAAUAAAUAAUUCUUUUAAAAGUUGGUACUGGUUCCCAGGUGUAGUCUGUUAGGAUUUCCUAGUUUUGUGUUAAAAUAGUCAGCAUAGAUUAAGUCCUAUUUCUUCUUUCUGUAGUACAGUUUUUGACUUUUACUUACGGUCCAGGAUCUGUUCUGCUUGAAUGAAUCUUCUGUGGAUUUUUCUUCACACCAUGCCAGCUCGUGUUUCCUCCUUGGGACACUCCGGGUUGUUCUCUUUGUAUUUUGUGCGGAGUUCAUAGUAGCCCUUCAGGCAGGUGUCUUGCUGGGAGGGCCACACCGCUCUGUUGAAAACAGUAUUUCUUGCCUUUACACCAUCUUCAUUUCUGUUGUGGUUUUACUCUUCCCUUUCUUUGCCAUAUUCAGUCAGUUUUUAUUGUUCCAUGACCAUUUCUGGUUUUAGUUUGGGAAUUUUGAUUCAUUUUAGUCUUAACUUAUUGUGUAUUUCUCGUGCUUGGGUGUAUUGCGUUCAGGGCUCACCUUCUUUGUAGUUCAUUCCCUAAGCAGGGACCUGAGUGUACUUGUCAGCUGAAGCUUUUGUUUGUUUGCUUUGUCCUUCUCCAAUUUUGUUUUCUUCGGUCCUCAGUAAAGUCUUUGAUAGUUACUGAAUCUAAACUUUCAUCAUGUCCCUCAGGUUUUAUCAUCCUUAUCUACCUUGUAAAAAAUAAAACCAAACAUUUAUUUGAGGGCUGAAGAGCCCUGUCUGCUCUUCCAGAGGAACCAGAUCACUUCCCAGCACCCACAUCUUGGCGCACAGUCAUCUGUAACUCUAGUUUCAGGGGGGCCCAGUGUUCUCUUCUGGCGCGUGGGCACCAGACACACAUGUGGUGCACAGACAAAUACUCACACCCAUUAAUGGGGAAGGUGGGGGGGAUGGGUGUUAAAGUUGUGGUGAAGCUAAAAUCUGCAUAUCACCAGAAGCUUUCCUCCUCACCCUGAGUGCUUCCUGACCUGUGUUAGAAGCAGGCUGCUGUCCCACCCCCACCACCCUCCUGAUGUGUUUCCUCCUCUGCUCCGAGCUAACCUGGAGUGCAUACCCCAUCUGUCCUGUAGGCUCCUAGCCACAUUUGAAGCUGCCACUCUCAGAAACAUAUACCAGCAUCGAAUAACUUACCUUCCAUACGUUGAUAGAGGGUGCUUUAAAAAAAGUCACCGAUUUUUCUGUCAAGCUGUGUGUUUGUCUCUUACCAUUUCCUGUUUGAUUUUCCACAUUUGGUAAUAGGAGAUAUUAUCUAUAUAAUAAAGAAUGAAGCUCUUGCCUAAAAAUCACUUAUUUAUCUAAUAUUUGUACUCAUUUCUCUUGUUUAUUGUCCCUUUAAUAUUCCAAAGGAUCAGGGCCAAGACCUUUUAUUGUUGUUUCUCGUUGUAUUUGAUCAAUGCUUGCUAUUUCAUAGACUUGAUGAAUAUAAGAACAGUUGAUUGAACAGGCAUUUAUUUGAAUAAAAUUAUCAUGCUA